CGUCGGGACCACGCCGUGACCUGCGCCGCCCCCUACGCUGUCCCCACAGUCUCCAACGAGGUCCCCGAGCACCCGUGCGUGUCGCCGGUGUCCAACCACGUGUACGAGCGGCGGCUGAUCGAGAAAUACAUUGCGGAGAACGGCACCGACCCCGUCAACAACCAGCCCUUGUCCGAAGAGCAGCUCAUAGACAUCAAAGUUGCCCAUCCCAUCCGGCCCAAGCCACCAUCGGCCACCAGCAUCCCGGCCAUCCUGAAGGCGCUGCAGGAUGAGUGGGAUGCUGUCAUGCUGCACAGCUUCACGCUGCGCCAGCAGCUGCAGACCACGCGCCAGGAGCUGUCCCACGCGCUGUACCAGCAUGAUGCUGCCUGCCGUGUCAUCGCACGGCUUACCAAGGAGGUCACUGCUGCCAGAGAAGCUCUGGCCACACUGAAACCGCAGGCCGGCCUUAUCGUGCCACAGGCAGUGCCGUCCUCACAGCCUAAUGUGCCGGGAGCUGGGGAGUCCAUGGAGCUGGGUGAGCUUGCAGGCAUGACCCCUGAGAUUAUCCAGAAGCUUCAAGACAAGGCCACUGUACUGACCACAGAGCGCAAGAAGAGGGGCAAAACAGUGCCAGAGGAGCUGGUGAAGCCAGAGGAGCUCAGCAAGUACCGGCAGGUUGCCUCGCACGUGGGGCUGCACAGUGCCAGCAUUCCAGGAAUCUUGGCCUUGGACCUCUGUCCUUCCGACACCAACAAGAUCCUCACUGGUGGGGCUGAUAAAAAUGUCAUCGUCUUUGAUAAGAGCUCGGAGCAGAUCCUGGCGACACUCAAGGGCCACUCUAAGAAGGUCACCAGUGUUGUGUUCCACCCCUCACAGGAUUUGGUGUUCUCAGCUUCUCCUGAUGCCACCAUCCGGAUCUGGUCUGUGCCCAAUGCUUCCUGUGUGCAGGUUGUCCGUGCCCAUGAGGGCUCUGUGACAGGGCUCAGCCUGCAUGCCACGGGUGAUUACCUUCUGAGCUCUUCUGAUGACCAGUACUGGGCCUUCUCAGACAUCCAGACGGGCCGUGUUCUCACCAAGGUGACAGAUGAGAGCUCUGGCUGCGCCCUCACCUGUGCCCAAUUCCACCCAGAUGGGCUCAUCUUUGGAACAGGAACGAUGGAUUCUCAGAUCAAAAUCUGGGAUCUGAAGGAACGCACCAACGUGGCCAACUUCCCAGGGCACUCGGGCCCCAUCACCAGCAUUGCCUUCUCUGAGAACGGCUACUACCUGGCCACAGCUGCAGACGACUCCUCUGUCAAGCUCUGGGACUUGCGUAAACUGAAGAACUUCAAGACGUUGCAGCUGGACAAUAACUUCGAGGUGAAGUCUCUCAUCUUUGACCAGAGUGGCACCUACCUGGCGCUGGGCGGCACAGACGUCCAGAUCUACAUCUGCAAGCAGUGGACAGAAAUCCUCCACUUCACUGAGCACAGUGGCCUCACCACAGGGGUGGCUUUUGGCCACCAUGCCAAGUUCAUCGCCUCGACAGGCAUGGACCGCAGCCUGAAGUUCUACAGCCUGUAGCCUCGGGUGUGGGGCUGGCAGCGCUCACUGCAGUGCUGGGAUUUGGGGUGGG